AUGGCUCUCCGACACUCCCUGAUGCUGUCCACUUCGGCGGCCGCAUCUUUGCGGUCCGUGGCGUCCAAGACGUCCCGAUCCACCGCUUCGAUCCCCCGAUUCACCACCGUGCGAGCCUCCUCCAGCUCGACCUCCGCGCUGGCAUAUAAGGCCCUCCACCGUCGCUCGCCCCUGCCGCUGCCCGUGUCGGAUACCUCUCCGCAGUGGGACGCCCCCACGGCUGUCUCGUCCAUCCUGUACGAGACCCCCGUGCCGCCGUCCAACCCGCCCAAACGCCAUGUCCUGAACUGCCUGGUGCAGAACGAGCCCGGCGUGCUGUCCCGCGUGUCCGGGAUUCUCGCCGCCCGCGGCUUCAACAUCGACAGUCUCGUCGUCUGCAACACCGAGGUGGAGGAUCUGUCCCGCAUGACCAUCGUCCUGCAGGGUCAGGACGGUGUCGUCGAGCAGGCCCGUCGCCAGCUCGACGAUCUCGUCCCCGUCUGGGCCGUCCUCGACUACACCGAGUCUGCCCUCGUCCAGCGCGAACUGCUCCUCGCCAAGAUCAGCAUUCUGGGCCCCGAGUUCUUCGAAGAGCUGCUCCAGCACCAUCGCGAGAUCACCACCCCCGGUGAACUUCCCGAAGGCGGCGCCAAGGACAGAAUCGCCGAGCUCCCCCGGACGGAAUACCACCCGCGCAACCUGCCGCCCAGCCAGGCCCUCCGUCACAAGCACGAGCAUCUCGACGCCAUCACCCGUCUGACCCACCAGUUUGGCGGCAAGGUUCUCGACAUUAGCACCAACAACUGCAUCGUGGAGCUCUCCGCGAAACCCUCCCGUAUCGACUCCUUCAUGAAGCUCAUCAACCCCUUCGGUGUCUUGGAAUCCACCCGCACCGGUCUCAUGGCCCUUCCUCGCUCUCCCCUGUCCGAGCCGACCGAGGAGCUCGAGAAGGAAGCCGCCGACGUGGUCGAUGCCAGCACCCUGCCCCCUGGCUAA